GGUGUUUGUUGUGGGAAAUAGACGCCGUGGUGCUGAACUUGGGAAUCAGGCUACGUUUAGCGGCAGAGGGACGGCACACACUAUUACACUAUCCCACCUCCAAGCAUGCGGUCGCGGCAGCUUUCGACCGGUGUCAGAUAAGGCAGAAGAAGUGACGGCUGAGACUGAGGAAGGUCGAAGUGGAAAUACUCUCGGACAGCCAAGCAGAGCCAGAGCCGCCGACAGCACGGAGUUGUCGCGAUGUUGUAGCUAAACCAUGGACAGCAGAAUAAAGGAGAAUCCAGAAAGAACAUUUGAUCUGGUUGUACAGGUGGCUUGUCCAACAUCUGAAAAUGAGGAUCCAACCGUGCUGUGGAGCUUCCCCCAGGACCACACCGACCAGGAGGUCCUUCAGACGAUACCAAAGUUCUGCUUUCCCUUUGACGUGGAAAGGGUCUCCCAGAAUCAGGUGGGGCAGAACUUUACCUUUGUGCUGACGGACAUCGACGGCAAACAGAGGUUUGGUUUUUGUCGACUCACUCAAGGCUGCCGGCUCUGCUUGUGUUUGCUCAGCUAUGUACCAUGGUUUGAAAUCUACUACAAGUUGCUAAAUACUCUGGCAGACUACCUAACAAAACAACAGGAAAAUGACUUGAAUGACAUGCUGAAUUCUCUCUAUGAUCUGCCAGUGCCAAAGCCCUUCACGCCAGUCAACCUGAGUGUGCACUCCUACUUCAUCGCCCCGGAUAUCAAUGGACUGCCAACAAUCCCUGAGAGUAGGAACCUGACAGAGUACUUUGUGGCUGUGGACGUCAACAACAUGCUCCAGCUCUACGCCAGUAUGCUGCACGAACGCCGCAUCAUCAUUACCUCAAGCAAGCUUAGCACUUUAACUGCAUGUGUCCACGGUGCGGCUGCGCUGCUCUUUCCUAUGUACUGGCAGCACAUCUUCAUCCCUGUACUGCCCCCGCAUCUUCUGGACUACUGCUGUGCUCCUAUGCCAUACUUUGUAGGAGUUCAUCUUAGUCUGCUUGAGAGAGUACGCAGUCGAUCACUGGAGGAUGUGGUCAUUCUGAAUGUGGACACCAACACCCUGGAGAGUCCCUUUGAUGACCUGCACAACCUGCCCAGUGACGUGGUGUCCUCUCUGAAGAGCAAGCUGAAGAAGCAGUCGACGGCAACAGGAAGUGGUGUGGCGAGGUCCUUCCUGAGAGCGCAAGCCGCUCUGUUUGGAUCCUACCGAGAUGCCCUCAGAUAUAAACCUGGGGAGCCAAUCACUUUCUGUGAGGAGAGCUUUGUGAACAAUCGAUCGAGCACCAUGAGAAGCUUCCUGUCCAUGGCCGUCAACCUGCAGCUCUUCAAACAGUUCAUCGACGGACGGCUGGCCAAAUUGAACGCAGGCCGCGGCUUCUCCGACGUGUUUGAAGAAGAGAUCACAGAGGGGGGCUUCUGUGGAAGUAAUUCAAGGUCUUACCAGCAAUGGAUGCACACUGUGAAGAGAGGAGGAGCACUCAUCAACACAGCUGUGACUAAAGCCAAGAGUCAUGCCAAGAGGGGCAUCCGGGACAUUAAGGGCAGACUUAAAGCGAGGGAAGAAGAAGAAGAGGGGAUGAUGGUCUGUGCAGGGUCUCCCACCAGCACCAAGAGCCUGUCUCCAAGGAGACUGCAGAAAAUGAGACGGCAAAACUUCAACAAGUAUCACAUGAGCAUGGGCCCUCGAGAUCUUGGCUACGGGCUCGAUGAUGAUGAGCUGGACAGUGCAAGCAAGAUUUCCUCAGAGGACAGUGGGGACGUCCCUUCGUACAUCGAGGACAGUGACGACUCCUACUCACUAGAACUAGACAUGGACUCCUCCCGCUCCGACCAGAUGACCCUGCUGGAGGAAAUCCUGGACUCUCUGAACACCUCAACGGUGGAGCAAGGCAAACUCAGCGCUGCCAAGAGCCUGGACUUCUUCAGGUCCAUGGAGGAUUUAGACUACAAGGUCCCGAGCAAGCCCAAACCUUCCUGCGAAUCUAAACCUGCAGAUGAGUGUGGCUGUGGCGGAGGCGAGGAUCAUGGCGGCUGGAAUAUGGGCCAGGAUGACAGCGCGGUCCACGGAAAACACCUCCCCCCGUCCCCACGCAGACAGCUCAACAAGAGCAGCUUGAAGGUGUCAAAGAAACUCGCAGUGCCCAUCAUCACAGCUACACCCCCAGAACAGGAGGCUGACGGCUCCAGGUCACAUCAACUCAACUCUGACCCUCACCCUCUACCUCCAGGGCCACAACCAGGAGACCGCUUCUGCUCCUCGCCCUCAAUGUCCCAUAGAGUUACGCCUAUGCCGCCAUCUCCCUCUCUCUCUCACACCUACAGUUCUCCAGCACCUGUUUCUCACCCAAACUAUUCUCCUGUGCCAGCGGCCCGGUCUCGGACCGUCUCAGACCCCCAAGGCAACACGGAGCCUCUUCAGGUGCAGAACCAGACUUCCUCCACGAGCAUCCUGAGGAGGAAGGUGCUGUCCAAGGAGACAGUGAAGCACUACCACGAAAAGGCCCUCCAGAGGCAGGGCAGCAAGGGCCAGCAGGAGAGUCAGGGCAGCCCGUCGAAGCAAAGCCAUUCAGCUAUGCAGGUCCCGUGGGAGAAAGAGGUUUCCAAGGAGGGGCUCCUGGGGCUCGGCAUGUGCCUUGGUCAGGGUAAAAGCUCGGGGGCGGCUGUGGUGCAGGAUCAAGGCCUCCUCGAGGAGAUUGAGUCCAUGUGUUGCCUCGGCUCAGUCCUCCACACCAGCCUGCAGCUGUCGCAGGUUCACUGCAACAACAGUCACCACCAGGUCCAGAGCAAAGCCACAGACGAGUCGUAGGGACGUCAAAGACUCAGUGGCUGUGAAACGCCAUAGGUUCUACUGAAAUCCAUUCACUGUAAUUCUUCUAUUACAACUAGCCACAGUCUCAGAGAACAGGAUCUUUUUUAUCUCAACUAUCAGGAAACAUUAUGAACAAAUUGAUGUCGUACAGACACAGAGAGUCACAGCCUCUAGAGCAGGAAAUAGGAAGAGAUCUUUCAAGACGUUUCUGUGUAAAAUAGAGCCCUAAUAAAGUUAUUUUCGUAAAACAAGUGAAAACAAAAUCCCGCCAGUGUUAGUCAGAAUAUUUUAACCACUAUCUCACUACAGGGGAAGAUUUGUUCACUUUCAAUGCGAGACACAAGAGCUACUUUUCCUCUGAUUGAAUCGGAUACUCUGAUAAAAACGUGGUAGUUUAUAUAGUUUUCAUUUCUUCAAACAAGGGAAUUGUCUUGUGAACGGGGAGAACGGCUCUUCAAAAACACAAACUGAGGCCAAAGGUGUUGAGAUUGUUUUGUGUUUUUGAGUGCAGCGAGAGGUUUCACUUGUUUUAAGAAAAUACAACUUUAUAAACUCAGUUACAAAGUUACUCAAAUAUAAAAAGACGUGAUAAGAAGAAGAUUUCUGCAGUGUUGUUACUGCUCAUCGUAGUAUUUAUAUCUGUAAUCCUCUACAUCUAUGUAGCAUAUUCACAAUGUAAAAGCGGAAGAAAAAAAAGACCCGUGAAUUACAUUUUAGGUCAAAUAUAAGAAGCCAGCCGGCAACGGAGGAAGUUUCCAUCUUCACUUGAAGGAAUUAAGAAAACGCUUGGUACUUUGUGAGGAUGAAGAAGGGAUGAUGUCUCCUCAACACGUCAUUAUGUCUUUUAUUCUGUGUUCCAAACAUUUCACGUGAUCAAGUUAAAAUUGCACUUGUAGAUUUUACAAACUGUACUCAGUCUUGACCACCUGGUACUAAAAUCAUUUGACCAAAACGACAAAGUCAAACAGGAUUUUCAGACGCAAACUCCACUCUGGCUUUUGAAACUAAUUAUACACUGUGUAAUGUAAAUGUUUGAUAUCACCAUGCCUUAAAUGGACAUGUGAUUUGUUUUUGAUACUCUGAUGUCUUACUCUAUAGAUACCAUACAGGUACUUUGUAAUCUCAGAUCUUAAAUGCAACAGUUCGUAGUACUCAACAGCACUGUAUUUCUCUGGAUUACUAGAAUAGUUAUUAUAUACCAUAUUCUUCAAGCUGCUGUUUUUAAAUAGCAUUCCAGAUACUGAGAUGUGCACGUAGAAACCUCUCUCUGGCUCUCUCCUCUGAGUUCCUCAGGACACUUCUGUCACUCUGAAGAGAAGCAAAUACAGUCAAAAGUUAAAGUGCACAAUCUGACAAUGCCAGUGUCAAUGUCCUUUUUCUUUUUCUUUCUCCAUCAUCACCACUCUUCCACUCAUGUUGUCUCUCCUAUUUGUCUGCCUUGUAGUCCUUUCAGCACAUCUGACGUUCACUGUCGACCUUAAAAAUGGAGGCCGGUGGCUGCAGAAGCUAAUAUGUGGAUGUGGGAACAAAUCACAUGAAACAAUGCGUUGUGUACCAAUUAUCCAAAUCUGUCCGGUCCGACUGAAAACAUAAAAAUAUCUAACUUCAGUUUUACUAAAGUCAGUAAAUUCCUAUAACAGCUUUAAACUCAAAUAGGAGUAAAAGAUGCAUUUGUUGUGGACAGAUUUCCUGCUUGUAGGAAACAUGAAUUGUCUUUCUUUGGUAUUAUUUGGUCAUAUUAAGAGAAAUAUACAAUGUCAUCAGACUUAUCACAUAAGUCAGUCUUCUGUCUGUCUGUCUUUCUUUGCUCACGGGAGGAAACGCAAUCUCUGCCCUUCUAGGUUAGAGUCACACACUGUAAUGAAGUGCAGUGGUUGAUGAUUGUACUGUAAUGAAGCAAUACGGUUCUCCUCAGAGAGUAGCUACAUGGAUGUCAUGUGUACAGAGUCUAAAGUAUUUCUAUAGCAGACUCUCCUGUGGAGAGAAACGCUGCGUCCAGAGACUGUAGGUUCCAAUCAUUCUCUGCGUCGCCACAAACCCAAAAGAAGAAAGGUUUUUCAUGUGCUUGUGUUGGGAUUAUUACAUUUAUGGUUCGUUGUUCUUAUGAUUUACGCCAGACGCCAGUCGGUGUGGCAGUUUAAUAGCAGCUAUUUCUCUGCUUUUUUAGUGCUGCUCUGCGUUAACGAUUUGCUCAUAAAGUCUUUGGCGUGCUUCUAAAAGCCCAGGAAUCAGUCCUAGUAAUUCCAAAAAGGAGAAGAAGAAAAAAAAAAACUCCAGACAAAUCUCUGCACUGGCCUUAUUCAUUGUAAACACUUUGUAAAAACUUAUUUACUAUGCAAAUAUUUAAAAUGAU